GAAAUAUUGAAAAUUUGGCGGCUGGCUUACGAGGAAUACUUGAAUCUCGUCAAGGGCAGUCAAACUUUCAGUUGAUUGUCAUCACUCAUGAUGUCAACUUAUCAAGAAUGAUAGGGGAAGUUCAACAUUCUGAUAAUGAUUAUAGCUCUGUUAGGGAAAAAUAUUGCCAAUUACCAGAAUCAGAUAAUGAAGAAAAUGAUGAUGACGAAUAG